AACUCCGCCCAAAUUUGGAGCUACAGCUAACUCAACACUCUCUCUCUCUCAUAUAACGGAUUCUUCGAAGCCAUUUCCAAUUGCAUUGUUUCUUCAUUCAUUUCCAUAAUAACUCUCUCUCUCUCUCUAACCACACCAGUAAACCUCAGAUCGAUCUCUCUCUACCUUCUCCCACUUCUCAAAAUGCAGUCUUCGCUUUCUCUCUCCACAGCUUCUCACACUACUCCAGCCAUUGCUGGAUCAACUCACUUCUCUCACUCCUUCGGAUUGGUUCCUUCGAAGCCUAUCAACCUCCGAUUCUGUGGUCUCAGGAGGGAGGCGUUUGGAUUCUCCUCUCUCAAACAAUCCGCCUCGCACACAGCUCGAAUCUCCAGCAGUCGUGCCCCGCGCUCCGGGAACGUAGUCGUAGCCGCGGCUUCUUCGUCCGAUAAUGGAAGUGCUUCCAAGUCAUUCGAUUACGACUUGCUCAUUAUUGGAGCGGGUGUCGGUGGCCAUGGUGCUGCGCUUCAUGCUGUUGAACAGGGUCUCAAAACUGCCAUCGUAGAGGGAGAUGUUGUGGGUGGAACUUGUGUAAACAGGGGAUGUGUGCCGUCUAAAGCCCUUCUGGCUGUGAGUGGUCGGAUGCGUGAACUCCAGAAUGAGCAUCAUUUGAAGGCCUUGGGCUUGCAGGUUGCGGCAGCUAGCUAUGACAGACAGGGAGUGGCAGAUCAUGCAAAUAAUCUUGCAACCAAAAUUCGUAGCAAUUUGACUAAUUCAAUGAAGGCUCUUGGUGUGGACAUACUAACAGGUGUUGGUACAAUUCUGGGCCCACACAAAGUCAAGAUUGGAUCAUCUAACACAGUAACCGCAAAAGACAUAAUCAUUGCAACUGGUUCAGUUCCCUUUGUUCCUAAGGGCAUUGAAGUUGAUGGGAAAACGGUAAUUACCAGUGAUCAUGCACUCAAAUUGGAAUCUGUCCCUGACUGGAUUGCCAUUGUUGGAAGUGGUUACAUUGGUCUUGAGUUCAGUGAUGUAUAUACUGCUCUUGGAAGUGAGGUUACUUUUAUUGAAGCAUUAGAUCAGCUUAUGCCUGGAUUUGAUCCUGAGAUUGGAAAGUUAGCCCAAAGAGUUCUCAUAAAUCCACGAAAAAUUGACUAUCACACUGGAGUGUUUGCAUCCAAGAUUACUCCAGCAAAGGAUGGUAAACCAGUCACCAUUGAACUUAUUGAUGCAAAGACAAAGGAGCUAAAAGACACUUUGGAAGUAGAUGCAGCACUGAUUGCAACAGGACGAGCUCCAUUCACAAAAGGCCUUGGCUUGGAGAAUAUCAAUGUAACAACACAACGUGGUUUUAUUCCUGUUGAUGAGCGCAUGCGAGUGAUUGAUGCAAAUGGCAAGUUGGUUCCUCACAUAUAUUGCAUUGGUGAUGCAAAUGGAAAGAUGAUGCUUGCUCAUGCAGCCAGUGCCCAAGGAAUAUCAGUGGUUGAACAAGUGACUGGAAGAGACCACGUGCUCAAUCAUUUGAGCAUCCCUGCAGCUUGUUUCACCCAUCCUGAAAUCAGUAUGGUCGGAUUAACAGAGCCUCAAGCAAGAGAGAAAGCUGAAAAAGAGGGAUUUGAGAUAAGUAUUGCCAAAACAAGUUUCAAGGCUAACACAAAGGCCCUGGCAGAAAAUGAAGGCGAGGGGCUUGCCAAGCUAAUAUACAGACCUGACAACGGAGAGAUCCUUGGAGUCCAUAUUUUUGGGUUACAUGCUGCAGACCUUAUUCACGAAGCUUCAAACGCAAUAGCAUUGGGGACACGUAUUCAGGACUUAAAGCUCGCUGUUCACGCACACCCAACCUUGUCUGAGGUGUUGGACGAAUUGUUCAAAUCAGCAAAGGUUAAAGCUCAUGUUUCUAGCCCAGUAAGUGAACCAGUUGCAGUGUAAGCUUGUCAAGAAUCAAAUAGAAUAAUAUAUUUGAAGAAAUUUACUUGUAAUAGGGAGUUUCGAGGAACAACAUAGAUCAUCAAGUUGAAAAAGAUGAACAAGUUUGGCCCAAGGAGAAUACGAAAAGAAAGAGCAUGAGCGAGAGCGACUUGAGGACCAGUAGACAAGAACUAUUAUGGAUGUUAGCACAUUUGUUUCGUAGUUUUGUUAGUGCCAUAAAAAAAUACUUGUAUUUAUAAUUGUUUUUUUUCCCAUGUAGUUCGAGUUUUGGACAACAAAUAUCUUAUUGGUGAGAGAGAGGCCUUAUAUAAUAAUAGCGAGAGCCGUUUGGGUUGAUUUUGAUUA